AUGGCGCUCUCCUCCUCCAGGCCACACCACCUCCUCCGCCGCUUCCACGCUUCCGCGCGGGCUCUGUCGCGGGUGGAACCGCACGAGUUCUCGCAGCCCAGCGACUACCUCGGGAGCUGGGCGGAGCGCGCCCCCGCCACGGUCGCCGCGGGCGGCGGCGACACACGGGAGGCUUGGGCACGGCUCGAGCGGCUGCGCAAGGGGUACGCGCGCGAGGUGGGGGAGCUGCGGCGUCAGUACGCCUACGAGGCGCAACUGCUGGAGGCCGAGCGGCAGCGCAAGGCGGAGGCACGUGCCGAGGCCGCCCGCGUCGCCAACGAGGAGCGCAAGGCCGCCAAGGCUGCCGCCGCGCAGACCAGGGCCGCCGAGCGCCGCGCCUUCGAGCUCGAUUUCCGCCAGGCCCUCAUGAAAGAAAGAGCUCAGAAGCUGGAGAGCUGGAGGAACAAGGAGAAGCUGAAAGCACAGAAGAAGGCGGAGCACAGGGAGCUCUUGCGCAGGCAGAGUUCUGUCUGGGUUGCUGAGGAUAAAAUGGAAAAGAAAAUUCUUGAGGCUAUCAUGCAUACCACCCCUCUCUGA